AUGAGGAGCGGCGGGCGGGUGCGCAUGCGCGGCCGCGGCUGAGGAGAAUUCGCGGAGGAGGAAGAAGAAGAAGGAGAAGGAGGAGAAGCCGCAGCCUAGGCCUCGCGAAGAGGAGGAGGAGAAGCCGGAGCGAGGCAGCGAGGGGCCCCGGUGGGAUGGUGUCCCCCGCCGGCGCCGCGGAGGGAGGAGGAGGAGGAGCGGCGGCGGCUGUGGCUGCGGCAGGCUCCGGACCAGUAGGCCCCGGACCAGGCCUCGAGCCGGAGCAAGCUAGGCGCCCCAGGAGGAGGAGGAGGAGGGCGGCCAGGCCCGGAGGGAGCCCAGGCCCCGGACAGGCCGCGGAGGGGAGCACGAGCAGGCCGCGGCCCUGAGCCCCGAACAGGCCCAGGCCCCUCCUCAGCACCAGCACCACCCCCAGCACCAGAAGGCCCGGCGGAGGAGGAGGAGGAGGAGGCGGCAGAAGAAGCAGCAGCAGCAGCAGCAGCACCCGCGGAGGACGAGGAGGAGGAAGAGGAGGCCCUCCCAGGCCGGCCCCGUCCCCCUCCUCCUCCUCCGCCUUCCCUCGCCCGGCCGCGGCACCAGCAUGGUCCGCGAGACCAGGCACCUCUGGGUCGGGAACCUGCCCGAAAACGUCCGCGAGGAGAAGAUCAUCGAGCACUUCAAGCGAUAUGGACGUGUGGAGAGCGUCAAGAUCCUGCCCAAGCGGGGCUCGGAGGGCGGCGUGGCGGCCUUUGUGGAUUUUGUGGACAUCAAGAGCGCCCAAAAGGCGCACAACUCUGUCAACAAAAUGGGCGACAGGGACCUCCGGACGGAUUACAAUGAGCCGGGGACCAUCCCCAGCGCGGCUCGCGGCUUGGAUGAUACAGUUUCCCUGGCGUCUCGGAGUAGAGAGGUUUCUGGGUUCAGAGGAGGUGGGGGCGGGCCCUCGGCGUACGGCCCUCCGCCCUCGCUCCAUGCACGGGAAGGACGCUAUGAACGGAGACUCGACGGGGCUUCGGAUAACAGGGAGCGUGGUUAUGAACACAGUGCCUAUGGACACCAUGAGCCCCGAGGGACGGGCAGCGGUGGUGGCAGCGGUGGUGGCGGCAGCGGCAGCGGCUUCGACCGGACCAGGCAUUACGAGCAGGACUACUACCGGGACCCUCGGGAACGGACUUUGCAGCAUGGGAUCUACUACAGCUCCCGCAGCCGCAGCCCCAGCCGCUUUGAGGCCCACGACCCGCGCUACGAGCCCCGGGCGGCCCGGGAGGCCUUCUCGCUGCCCAGCGUGGUGCACAGGGACAUCUACCGGGAGGAGCUGGCGCGGGAGGCCCGGGGCAGGAGGCCCGAGCGCAGCAGCUACCCGCACAGCCGCAGCCGCUCCCCGCACUCCUCCCAGUCACGGACCCAGUCGCCCCAGAGGCUGGCCAGCCAGGCCGCACGCCCCCUCCGCUCUCCCAGCGGCAGCGGAUCCCACAGCAGGUCCUCCAGCAGCGACUCCCUCAGCAGCAGCACCAGCACCAGUAGCGACAGCAGCGACUCCAGCAGCUCCUCCAGCGACGAGUCCCCGGCCCGUUCGGUGCAGUCGACGGCCGUCCCGGCCCCAGCCGCCCAGCUGCUCCCGCCACUGGAGAAGGACGAGCCCCGCAAGAGCUUCGGCAUCAAAGUCCAGAACCUUCCCGUGCGCUCCACAGACACCAGCCUCAAGGACGGCCUCUUCCACGAGUUCAAGAAGUACGGGAAGGUGACCUCGGUGCAGAUCCACGGCGCCUCAGAGGAGCGCUACGGCCUAGUCUUCUUCCGGCAGCAGGAGGACCAGGAGAAGGCCCUGGGCGCCUCCAAGGGAAAGCUCUUCUUCGGGAUGCAGAUCGAGGUCACCGCCUGGAUCGGGCCCGAAACGGAAAGCGAGAACGAGUUCCGGCCGCUGGACGAGAGGAUUGAUGAGUUCCACCCCAAAGCGACCAGGACGCUCUUCAUUGGCAACCUGGAGAAAACCACCACUUACCAUGACCUUCGCAACAUCUUCCAGCGUUUCGGAGGGAUCGUGGACAUCGACAUCAAGAAAGUGAACGGGGUCCCGCAGUACGCCUUCCUACAGUACUGCGACAUCGCCAGCGUCUGCAAGGCCAUCAAGAAGAUGGACGGGGAGUACCUGGGCAACAACCGGCUCAAGCUGGGCUUUGGGAAGAGCAUGCCCACCAACUGCGUCUGGCUGGACGGCCUCUCGACCAACGUCACGGACCAGUACCUGACGCGCCACUUCUGCCGCUAUGGCCCCGUGCUCAAGGUGGUGUUUGACCGCUUAAAAGGCAUGGCUCUCGUUCUCUACAAUGAGAUUGAAUAUGCGCAGGCCGCUGUUAAAGAGACCAAGGGCAGGAAGAUCGGUGGGAAUAAGAUUAAGGUGGACUUUGCCAACCGCGAGAGCCAGCUGGCCUUCUAUCACUCCAUGGAGAAGACCGGGCAGGACAUCCGGGACUUCUACGAAAUGCUGGCUGAAAGGAGAGAGGAGCGGCGGGGAUCCUACGAAUACACGGCAGAGCGCACCUACUAUGAGGCCGUCCGGACGCCGGGGACCUACCCAGAGGACCCGCGGAGAGAGUACCCGGCCCGUGGCAGGGAGUUCUAUGCUGACUGGGACCCUUACCAGGGGGACUACUAUGACCCGCGGUAUUAUGACGACCCGCGGGAGUACCGGGACUACAGGGGAGACCCUUACGAGCAGGACAUCCGGGAGUACAGCUACAGGCAGCGGGAGCGGGAACGCUUUGAGACCGACCGGGAUCGGGAGCACGAGCGGAGGCCCAUUGAGAGGAGCCAGAGCCCUGCGCAUUCCCGGCGGCCGCAGAGUGCCGGCGCAUCUCCCUCGCAGUCCGAGAGACUCCAGAGCGACUCCGAGAGACGGAUCUACAGCCGGUCGUCGGAGCGGAGCGGCAGCUGCAGCUCACUCUCUCCUCCGCGCUAUGACAAGCUGGACAAGGCCCGCCUGGAGCGCUACGCCAAGGCUGAGAAGACCGAGAAAGAGCGGGCCUUUGAGCAGGAGAGGCCCGAGAAAGACAAGCGCCUGGCGAGGAAAGAGAAGCCGGAAAAGCCCGACAAGGAGAAGGCGGAGAAGCAAAAGCGCAAGGCCAAAAUCCACUCCCCAAGCUCACAGUCUUCCGAAACGGAACAAGAAAAUGAGCAAGAGCCAAGUCCUGAGAAAGUGAAAAGCAGCAGCAAAGCCAGCCGAGAGAGAGCUGAGAAAGAAGGGGCCGCGAAGAACCGCCUGGAGCUGAUGCCCUGCGUGGUGUUGACACGGGUGAAGGAGAAGGAAGGGAAGGUGGUCGACCAGCCCGCCGCCCUGGAGAAGCUGCGGGGGAAGGCAGAGGGCGAGGCCCUGAAGUCCCCGUUGCUGGAGCAGAAGGGCCCGACUUCCCAGGCCGACCAAGGCAAGUUGGAGCAGCCAAAGCUGGAGCCCGUCAGGACGAAAGGAUCCAAAGAGAAGAUGCUGGCCAGUCACAUCGAAGUGGUCGAUAAGGACGGGAAAGCAAAGCCCAAGAAACACCUGAAGGCGGAUCCGCUGAGCGAAGUGAUCAAUCCAGUCGAUCUAGAAAAGCUGGAGGCUCGCAAGAGGCGCUUUGCCGACGCAAACCCAAAGCCCGAGAAGCAGAAACUGGAAAUUAAACGGAGUAGUCAAGAGGAAGAGGACCGGCCUGUGAUUCUGAGGAAGCAGAUUGACGUGACUGUUGACUCUGAGAGGAAGCUCCCGAGGAAGGAGCAGCUCAAAAGGGAGUCCAAGAAAACCAAGCUGGAAAGGCUGAUGACUGCUCCCAAUCCCAAAGACACAACCUUGGAGCUGGCCAGUGUCUCAGCUGGCUUCCGACCCAGUUUGGAGCUGCAGGCGAGGCUGGGGGAGCCAGUAGAUGAGCCGCCGGCGGAGACCCCCGACGUCCCCCCUCGGAAGGCCAACGCCAUGAAGCCGCAGCACAGGCACACGCAUCAGCAGCAGCACCCGCAGGAUGACCGAGGGGCCGAGGGAGAGGAGGCCUGGAAGAACUACUGCGGUCACCUGGAAGAGGUGCCCGACCACAAACCUGCCCAGGACAGGUCCCAGUCUUCCGACCUCGAGGAGAAAACCCCCAUCGACAUUGACCACACGCAGAGUUACCGGAAGCAGAUGGAGCUGAGCCGUCGGCUGAAGCAGCAAAUGGAGAUGGAGGUGGUGAAGCACGAGAAGUUUGGCAGCCCCAAGAAGGACCUGGACGAGUACGAGAGGCGCAGCCUGGUGCACGAAGUGGGAAAGCCCCCGCAGGACGUGACGGAUGACUCUCCUCCCAGCAAGCGGAAGAAGUCCUCCGACGCCUUCGACUUUGAGAUUGGCACCAAGAGGGAGAGGAACUACCGCAGCUCCCGCCAGAUGAGCGAGGACUCAGAAAGGACGGUCUGCUCUCCGGGCCUGCGCCCCUUCCAGUUUCAUGACGAGGAUGAGAUGCUGGGCUCCCCGAGGCUGAUGCCCAUCAAAGAAGCCAAAGAGUCACCCAAGGUAGAGGACAGGGGCCCUCCUUACUCCGGCAUAGCAGCCAUAAGAGAAGACUCUCUGAAGUUCAACCCCUACGAUUCCAGCCUGAGAGAGCAGAUGGUCGAAAUGGCUAAAAUCAAGAUGUCGGCCCUGAGUUCUGAAGAUGAGUCAAACCGAUGGGAAAUUCCGGUGAAGCACGAGUCCGGUCGAGUGGAUGUUAGCUUUCCGAGUAGCAUCGUCAAGAGGGACAGCCUUCGGAAGCGGUCCCUGCGGGAUCUGGAACCAGGGGAGGUGCCUUCGGACUCGGAUGACGACGGUGGCGGCGGCGACAGCAAACCCCAUUCUCCGAAGCCUUCUUCGUUACCUGAGAGCUCCCGGCUGUCUUUUUUAUUGCGGGACAGGGAAGACAAGCUCCGCGAGAGGGAGGAGAGGCUGCCGCCCUCUUUGGAAAGGAAUAAAUUCUACUCCUUCGCCCUGGACAAGACAAUCACGCCUGACACGAAAGCCUUGCUGGAAAGAGCAAAGUCUCUCUCGUCGUCUAGGGAAGAAAACUGGUCUUUCCUAGACUGGGAUUCGAGGUUUGCUAGUUUUCGGAACAACAAGGACAAAGAGAAAGUGGAUUCCGCGCCAAGGCCCAUCCCCUCCUGGUAUAUGAAGAAGAAGAAGAUCAGGACAGAUUCCGAAGGGAAGCUGGACGAUAAGAAGGAAGACCACAAGGAGGAGGAGCAGGAGCGGCAAGAGCUGUUUGCCUCGCGUUUUUUACACAGCUCCAUCUUUGAGCAGGACUCCAGGCGCCUGCAGCACUUGGAGAGGAAGGAUGAAGACCUCGACUUCCUCUCUGGCCGCUUGUACGGCAGGCAGAGCUCCUUUGACGGUACCAACAGUAUAUCGGACUUUGUGCCGGAGCCGGUGGUGCUCUUCCACAGCAGAUUUGUGGAGCUCACCCGGAUGCAGCAGAAGGAGAAGGAGAAGGACCAGAAAGCCAAAGAAGUAGAGAAGCCAGAGAGCGAGGAGAGUUGGCCCAAGACGCCCGAAUCUGUACCUGAUCAUAAAGAACCAGAGCCUAAGCCUCCACCUCUGGUUGGGCCGUCGCCAUUUACUCCGGCGCAACAAGAGCCAUUACUAGCCAUUCCAGAGAGAGUAGUGCACGAGAAGCCACCACCAGAAACAUCCUCGUCUUCCAAAGAGGAGAGGCCGCCGGCGGAGUUAGGUCCUGUGGCUGAACCAAAGCCACCUCCUGAGCUCCUUGCACCGCCUCUUAAAACAGAGUCGCCCGAGCACACUGAAGCGCCACUAGCCACGGAGGGCAAUAAGGAGGCAGCCCUUCCCACAGCUGCCCCUGAAGAAGACUCUCUACCCGUGGAGCACCCCUUGUAUUUGGAUACAAAGCCUCCUACGCCGGGGUCUUCUUUCUCCCAAACAGAUGUCAGCACAGAUCCGGAGCCAGAAGUAGUCUCACCUCCCCCCAAAUUGGCCACAAAGACAGAGGAGGUGCCUGAACCUCAAGAAGAAAGCGUCUCCUUGUCCAUCCAUUCAGAAGCGCCCACUCUGGGCCAGAAAGUCGAGAGCACGCCCCUUGGGAUUCACCCUCCCAUUUCCGACACAGAGAUGGAAGCUGAGCCCCCCAUUGUCGUGAAGGACAAGAAGUCCUAUAAGAGCAAGCGCGCCAAAAACCCUGUUCAACCUCCCGUCGUAAGUGUUGCGGAGAAGCCUGUCACAAGAAAGAGUGAGAGGAUUGACCGGGAAAAGCUGAAGAGGUCGGGCUCUCCACGUGGGGAAGCGCCCAAGAUGGAACCAGAGAAGGUUGUGCGCAAUGCUGCCAAAUCUCCGAGUGUCACCGCAGAGCCCGAGGCCCCAGAACCCAGCUUGCCCAUCAGCCGAACGAGACGGAGGAACGUGCGUUCGGUGUACGCGACCACGGGGGGUGACCACGAAGGGCCCUCGCCUGUGAAGGACACUCUGGAGAUCACCAGGAGCACCCGGAAAAGGGUCGAGCGGGAAGCCCCCGAUCUCACCACCAUUCCCACCCCUCCGAGAAGAGGCAGGCCUCCAAAGGCACGGCGCAAACCGGAGGAGGAAGUUUCUCCCGUCAAAGUCGAACUGGUGCAGCCGGAAGUGGAGGAAACUGACGUGAAGGACUUGCUGGAGAUCCCUAAACCAGCGGAGGGCUGGAGAUCGCCCAGAUCCCAGAAGGCCGUGCAUAGCCACCCUCUGGCAGCCAGUGUUCCGCAAGGCAAGAAAGGGAAGAGCGAGACCAAGGUAGAGACCUUUGCGGACCCCGAAGAGCCAUCUGAACCUCCCAGCCAAGGGCUGAAUGCCAGUGAGAACAGCAAGCCCAAGGCGGAGAAGGAGAUCUUCACGGUUGAGCAGAAGCGGGACAGAAAAGAGCUUGAGACAGAGAGAGGUGCCGCUGAAGUCUUCCCAGUGGAGAUUGUGGAACGGAGGCCUGUCCCAGAGAAAGUCACCAAGUCCAAAAGGGGAAGGUCCAGGAGUGCGAAAGCCACAGAUAAAGUAUCCCUGAUGAAGACCCUGAAAAACGUGGAGAUCCGCCUCAACGUGGAUGAAGUCAAAGGGGCUCUUCGGCCAAGUGAGGAGGAAACGGACCCCACUCCAGCCCUGUCACCCAAAAGCAAAAGCCCCCUAAAGGAGGACAAGUUGUCGCCCCACUUCAUGAAGAGCGAGGCGGAAGACCCCCUUCAAGGGGCGGCAGACAAGGAAACCACCUGCGAGUCAACGCUGCCCCCUCAAGCCGACCAGCUGGCCAAGCAGAUUGAGCUGGAGCAAGCUGUGGAGAACAUCGCCAAGCUGACCGAAACCCCAGCCAUUGUGGCCUACAAGGAACCGACUGCCGAGGUGUCAGAGGUUCGCCCGGAGGAAGACGGAGACAAACCUGCCCACCAGGCCAGCGAGACGGAACUGGCCGCCGCCAUUGGAUCAAUCAUCAAUGACAUUUCCGGAGAGACAGAAGCCUUCCCUGCUCCCCCGACAUACCCAGCUGACUCCGAGCCUGAAAUACCAGCGGAGCCCCUCGUGUUGCCUCCUGCGCGAGAGGAGGACAUGGAGCCUGAAACCGACCAAGCCGUGAGCAACAUCCUGGAGUCGGAGGCAGCUUCGGCCGAGCCUCUGGUUCCUGCGGCCCCUGGAUCCGCCCCCGAGGCAGAAAGCAAGGAGCCGGAAGUGAGUUUUAGUGAAUCUUCUAAUUCUGCACAGGAGGCUGAUAUCCCUCAGGAGGUGGAGGUAUCUCGGAAGGAGCGCGGCCGGCAGAAGUCCACAAGGCCAAGAAGGAAGCGGAGCUCAAAUAAGAAGGGGGAAGCCACAGAAUACAGGUCCGCCGUUGAACCCGAACGGGUGCAGACCAAGUCCCCCAUUGCCAGUGAGGUCAAGGGGAAGCCAGAUGGUACCAUGAAGGAGGAGGGUCAAGCAAAGCGUUCUCCUGCCACAGCCUCCCUGCUGGCUGCUCCUGAUGCAAUCAAGGCCGAGGCCGUGUCUCAGGAGCCUCCUACAGAGCGGGUCAGCACCCCACCCAAAGCGCUAGACCCAGUGGGCUUGCCCUCUCCACCGGCCGCUCCAGAGGACCAGGUGAGCCUGAGCGGAGGAGGGUUCAAGGUACAUCCUGCAACCGAUGUCCCCCCUGUGCCUCCCCCAAGUGCGCCCCUGCCCACUAUUCCACCUGUGAAGCUCCCCACCGCAGUCCCUUCCGGAGCAGUCCCACUGCACCCAGGUGCGGCAAAGGCCACAGAGUGGAUUGUGAAGCACGAAGAGACCCGGGUCCGCUCCACCCCACCUCCGCCAGCCCUUCCUCCUGAUACGAAAGCCUCUGACGUCGACACGAGCUCCAGCACUUUGCGAAAGAUCCUGAUGGAGCCUAAAUAUGUGUCUCCUGCUGGGGCCACCGCGACCCACGUGACCGCAGCUAUUCCUGACCCAGUGAGUUCUCCUCAUGUGGAGGAUGCCCCUCUACACCCUGCACCAGAGGAGAAACCAGCAGUCCCUGCUGCCAAUGCCUUGGAGCCGCCGGCCACAGAGGCCCCCGUGUUCCCUGAGAAGGAGAAGAUGGUGACCGUCAUUGCCCCCAAGGCCACCUCGGUCAUCAGCAGAAUGCCCCACAGCAUCGACCUCGAGGAGACCCCCAGGAUCACGCUGGUGAAGCAAGCCCAACCCCAGACAUGCCUGGUCAGCGCCCUCUCCCCCAAAUAUAAGCAACGGCCCAGCGCCAAUGACAACAGCCGCUUCCACCCUGGCUCCAUGUCUGUGAUAGAAGACCGGCCGGUGGAGACCCCGGGGUCCAGCCCAGGCCUCCGCGUCAACACCUCGGAAGGAGUGGUCCUGCUCAGCUACUCGGGCCAGAAGACCGAGGGCCCACAGCGGAUCAGUGCCAAGAUCAGUCAGAUUCCUCCGGCCAGCGCCGUGGACAUCGAGUUCCAGCAAUCUGUCUCCAAGUCACAGAUCAAGCAGGAGCCCCUGGGCCCCGCCCAGACCGUCCCAAAGGUUCCCCAGGGGCCGCCCGCUGGGUACGGGGGCAUGCCCACCCCGUCUCUGGUGCAAGGGCCGCAGCAGUACAGCCCUUCCACGGUCCAGCUCUCUUCCAUCAAGCAGGAACGCAACAGCUUAGAGAAGCCUGAGCCACCUCACCUCUCGGUCCAGGCGGCCCCUUCUCAGUCCGGGCCAGUCAAGGUGCUCUCCCAGUCUUCCAACACUCCAUCCAUCUUGGUCCACAACCAGGUCUUCUCACAGGGCAACAAAAAGCAGCACCCAGAUGCAGCCGCUCUGAAAGGGGAGGUGAAGACUCUGCAGUCCGUGAGCUUGAGCCCUGGGGUUGGCUCCCACCACUCUUCCUUAUCCAGCAAGAUCCACCCGGAGGCGAACCACGUCAGCACCGGGAGCGGGGCCCCACACCUGGGGGUCGUGAAGCAGGAGCCGCUCUCCCCACGGACAAGCGGCCACUCGCCCUCCCCGUUCCCGAGGGCUUGCCACCCGGGCGGCCCCUCCUCCCCGGCCCUCUCCGGGGACCGCUCCAUGCUGGGCAUCCAGGGCUCACCCUGCCCGGGAAUCCCUGUCCCGCAGUACAUUUCCAGCAUGCACCCGGAGCAGUCGGUGAUCAUGCCCCCGCACAGCGUCACCCAGACAGUCUCCCUGGGUCACCUCUCGCAAGGGGAGGUCCGCAUGAACACCCCUCCUCUGGCAGGCAUGCCCUACGGCAUCCGCUCUGAGCUGCACUCCCCCCGAGCCGCCCUGCAGCCGCAGCCACAGCGCUCCAGCACCCCGCAGCCGGCCCCCAUCCGGGAGAUGGUCAUGCCCGCCCUGUCUUCCUCAGAGGAGGAGAUGCACUUCCACCACGGCGUCUGCCGCAGCUCGGCCCCUGUCCAGUCCGACGUCCUCGUCAUGCAGCCCGACUACCGCGUGCACCCCUCCGGCAUCCGGUACAACGUGCCCCGGGAUGUCCGCAUGAUGAUGCACCCACACAUGGCAGCAGUGGGCGGGGACCACCACUCAGAGGCACGGCAGGCCCGGACGCCAGAGGGGCGCUCCUCCGUCAAGACGCCCCCUGCCCCCAAGGUGCUCCAGCCGGGCAAGGAGGCCACCAAGGCCGCCGAGGUCAAGAUGGCCCACUCGCCCCAUGCAGAGCCCCGUCUCCUCAGUGGACAGCUGCUGGGGCUGCCCCUCGCACAGCCUGUCGUCGUGCCCCACGGUGUCCAGCUCAUGCACCCCGCCGGAAGCUCCUUCCAUGACUACCGACCGGCCUACAGCGACAUGCAGAGCUACCACCCCGCUGCUCAGCUUGGGCACCCGCCGUUUUCCGGGACGUCGUCCAUUGGGCUGCCUUCCCGGAGUAUGACCCCCUCUCAGGGCCUCCCGGAAGGGGAGCACGUGCACCCCAGCCAGCCCCCCCACAGCAAGACAUUACCACAGGAACCGAAGGCGGGCCAGGCCUCGGGGCAGGAGCCGGCUCACCACCCCGCGGUCGGCCGGCAUGUACCUGCGAUGGAGCCCCACCUGCACCUCCCUCGUGGCCCCGUGGAAGCGGGCCAGGCCUCCUACCCGUCCCCCGUGGCCAUCGCCGUCAAGCAAGAGCUUCCCUCCCCACACGCGGCCCUGGCGCAGAAGCAGCAGCAAGCAGCCCUCUUCGCCCCGGCCUCCUCCUCAGGGCUGUCCCUCGCCCGGCCGGAGCCCCAGUCGGUGCUCAAGCAGGAACCCGGCUCCCACCCGGUCACCCAGCGGCCUGUGGACAUGGUCCAGCUCCUGACCAAGUAUCCCAUAGUAUGGCAGGGGCUGCUGGCGCUUAAGAAUGACACGGCGGCCGUGCAGCUGCACUUUGUCUCCGGCAACAACGUCCUGGCGCACCGCUCCCUACCGGCACCGGAAGGGGGUCCUCCGCUCAGGAUCGCCCAGCGCAUGAGGCUGGAGGCGUCGCAGCUGGAGGGGGUGGCACGGCGCAUGACGGUGGAGAGCGACUACUGUCUGCUCCUGGCCCUGCCCUGCGGCCGAGACCAAGAGGACGUGGUGAACCAGACGGAGUCGCUCAAGGCCGCCUUCAUCAGCUACCUGCAGGCCAAGCAGGCCGCCGGCAUCAUCAACGUCCCCAACCCGGGAUCCAACCAGCCGGCGUACGUCCUGCAGAUCUUCCCGCCCUGCGAGUUCUCGGAGAACCACCUCUCGCGCCUGGCCCCGGACCUCCUGGCCAGCAUCUCCAACAUCUCCCCGCACCUGAUGAUCGUCAUCGCCUCGGUCUGAACUUGCGGACGAAAGGACAGACGUGGAACCAAGUCUCCUCCUCCGAGGCCGGGCAGCAAAACAGAGAGAAAGGGAUGGACGGGGGCCUGGACCCAUCAUGGCCGCCAGGAAGUGCCCCUCCCUCCGCGGCCUCCAAUGUUUACAUGUCGCUCCAGUGAAGAAGCGCCAAGGAGGCAGCCUGGUGCCUCCCUCCCUUCCUCCCGCCGAGGGAAAAUAGUAGUUCAAGGAAGGCGCUCUUAUUUUUAUUUUCGUUUUCAGAAUAAUAACUUCUAAGAAAAAAAAUUAUUAAAAAAACACACAAAAAAGAAGGAGCCAGAACUGCCUUUGCACUAAAUUAGUGACUUUGGACCUUUGCACAGCUGAAGAUAUGUUGUGGCGCCCGGAUGGCUGUCUCCGUUGACGCGCAGGCACACACUCACUCACACAAGGACAGACCGGCGGGUGGGCGGAGGGACGGCCCAGCGCCGUGGACUUGGAUGUCGAGGGGCAUCGACACGCCCUUUGAACCCACAACCCGCUCCCACCCAGAAUUGCCGCAACAGUCGCCGCCUCUUCCUCUUCUUCCACCCGGGAUGUACAGUUUACACUGAAAUCAAAUACGCAAAAAAGGGAGAGCUAUUUUUUCCCCCUUCCUGGUGGGAAAACAAGCGCAGGACUCCGUGGGUGUGUGUGCGUGUAUAUAUACGUAUAUAUAUUAUAUAUAUAUAAAUAUAUAUACAUAUAUUUAUAUAUAUAUGUAUAUAUAUAUCUUAUCUUAACAAAGUACUGACUUUACGAGAAAAGAAGAGAAAUCUGAUCCCCACAACAUACUUUUUUUUUAAUCUGUGCCAAAAAAAUGUGUUUUCAGAGAAAAUCUUAUUUUCAUACUCAAGACUUUGUAUUUGUCACUCAUUUGUAAGUGCGCUUCAUUUAGACAUGGCCCGCCCCUUCCUCCUCCGUCACUUCCUCCUCCUCCUUCCCCCCAGAUGUGGAAGUGUUAUACACUUGUACAGACUUUGUACCUCCUCCUCUUCCCGGUCCCUGGUCCUCCUCCUCCUCUUCUUCCUCCUCCUAACACUUAAUUUAUGGAACUGUUUUUCUCAGCGCAGUUUUGUUUUGUGUGUCCAUUGGAUUACAAGACUUUAUUAAAAAAUACAAAACAA